AUGUCGGUGCGUGACACGCGGCGUCACGGGUUUUUUUCCACCAAGACACGCUCUGCGGAGAACACCGCGGCUCCGGCGUCUGACGCCGACCAACAGCCGGAGGAGGACUCUUUGUCUAGCGAUGAGGAGGAGGAACCCCAGCCCGGCCCGGGACCUAGACGCCAACGUCGGCCGCUCACUCGAGCAGAGAGGGAUCGAAGAGAGGUAGAGGAGGUGUUGGCCGAGGACGAACUCGAAGAUAGGCUGCACGCGAGCGUCCCGCGAGGAGAGUUUACGGCGACUGAGUUUGUGGUCGAGGAUCUGAAGAACAGCGACAUCGAAGUGCUGAUAGCCAAUGCCCUUCGCCACACGGAGACGCUCGAGGAAGGGUCGUCGCUGCGGCAGUACAUAUCGUGGAUACUAGACUACAAGCGGUGGGCGGUGGAUGCUCUUCCGUCAGAAGGUGACGACCUGGAGCCGGGGUCCAUACUCACUGACAAGGACGAAAUCGGCAAGCAAAUCGGCGAUGAUUUGGGCGAACGUUGGCACAUCGCCCCGCGCCAGUUCAUCUGGUUGCACGGCCCGAGGACCAACGAGCCUCGAAUUCGCGCUUACGUCUUGUUCAGAGCGCGAGAGACCCUCAUCGAGGCAAUGAGGAGCGAAGAGGGCAACAGCGCCAUGCGCACGCAGCCGAUCAAGCCUUGCACGGUCAACAUGCUACUCGGCCGCAUCAAGGCCCUUCAGAUGGCGGCCAAGAUAGAGGCAACCCCGUACAAGGAGAAGGAGCUGCACAUCAUGCAGGACAUCUCGGUCGUCCGCACGGAAGUGCGCGUCAUGGUUCGCGGAAAGAACAAAGCCGACACCAACGUACGCGAGAUCACGCUCGCCGACAUCUUUCUGUACCGCCUUGCUAGCGGGUCGUCGGUGAACCCUGAGAACCGGCCAAUAGUCAUGGUCAUCGCGCAGCGCAACUCGAAGACGUGCAAGGACGCCCGUCUUCAUCACAGCUACGCGGCGAGGCACUUAGAGGCGGAACUGUGUGCUGUGGGCGAUACAAUCCUCUGGCUGCGCUUCAUCUACGACCAGGUCCCCCAGAUCUUCGGCGUCCCCAUAAUUCCGCCGCUGGACGUACGCCGACCGGAGCUCUGGUACGACAAGCAUCUCUUCUUCGCCCGCUACGACAAGGAUCAGGGUUUGCUGCCGUCGUCGAGCCAGCAACAAAUCACUCGGCAGCUGUGGACGGCCAACAAGGUUUUCAUCAAGCGCAACGUGCACGCCGCUCGCGCCGGCAGGGCACAAGAGCUGGCUGACCAAGGCACGCCGCGCGCCGAGAUAGCCGAAUUGGGUCACUGGGCUAUUGACAAGAUGACGAGGAGUUACAUCACUUCAAUUCCAGUCCGGGUGGUGAUGAAGAAGGCCGGCUACUCUGGAGCUCGAAGCGACUACUUCCUGGGCUGCAGCAGGCUACCUCCCAGCGCAGACCUCGAAAAAACCAUCGCCGCGCACAUAUUUCCCGGCGUCGAGGAACAGCUGGGGGCGGCGGAAGAGCUCGCACAAGGGCCUGAGGCGAACACGGCCGCGGUGCACUACAUCCGGACCAUGCUGGAUGCACGCCGCAUUGCGGCCGAGGACCUCGCGGCGUGGGCGAAGGAGAUCGAGAAGAUUGACACCAAGACGAUCGCCAAGCGCCGGUCGCCGAUCCCGACCCAGCCAGCUGCCUGGCGCUUCUGGAACUGCCCCACCACCACGGACCGUCGGCGUCUCUACGACAGGAUCAACGAGCCAGGUUUCAUCGGGCGGCACAGCCUCCUGGGCAAGUUGUCGGCCAACGCAAAACAGGGUGAGAUGCGCCGAAUGAGGAGGGCGAUGGAGGCCGUGCGCCGCUUCCGCUCGUCAGACGGAGAGGCCGACACGGCCGCCGUGAUCAAGAAAUUUGACGAGCUCGCUGCGUCGGGAAUUUUGACCUUCUGCGAUGCUCCGAAGAUCAUCGACGCCGACGCGCUUCUGAUACGCACAGAGGGGAACCUGGGCAUCAAGAGGCUUUCUAAGGGUGAGAAGCCCAAGCUGACGGUUGCUUGGGGACUGGUGGCGGCGAGAUACAUGACGCACAAGUGGGGCGAGGACAUGUUCCCGACCACGUGGGAAGAGCAGAAAGCUAUGGCGGCCCAAGCGGCCGCGGAGCAAGCCGCUCGAAGACCGCCGCCGCUGCCGACGAAGACGUCCAAGCGUCGGAAGCCGGGCUGA